GAAUGGGAAUAAAAAGCGGACAGAAUAGAAUAAUCGGGUGGAUGAUUUGUCCCACUAAAUGCAGCUAAACCUACAAGAACGGGGAAAGAGAGCCCCAUCAUGUCCAGCUCGCUCCUAUGGGCAGUGGACGUAUACGGGAAGGUGUACAGCCUAUCCACCACCAGAGGGCGCUGGGAGCGUGACGAGGACACCCUCCUGGAGCUAAAGCGCGUUACCGCUGGACAGAGGUGCAGCUGGGGAAUUGGCUGUGACCACCAUGUUUACCUCAAUAUCGACCCUGGGGAGGUGCCAAUUCGCUAUCGAGAGGAGACCUAUGAGAACCAGAGGUGGAACCCAGUGGACGGCUUCACUGACGUGCUGCUGCCCACUGACCGUUGGGCCUGGAGUGACCUCACAGGGGUGACCGCCCAGCCACUGCACAGCUUUCUGUUGCCCUCAAACAGCUGGGAGUGGGAGGGGGACUGGUACGUUGACCAGGUCUGCGCUGGAGGAGACCCCACUGAAACUGGGGGCUGGGAGUAUGCAGUGGACUUUCCUGCUAACUUCUCCAGAGAGAAGAAGUGGAACUCAUGUGUUUGUCGCAGGCGAUGGAUUAGAGACAGGAUAUACAAAGCCAGAGGCUCUUGGACCAAGAUCCCCUUGGACCACCCCAAGCAGCCCCCUCUCCCCCUCAGUGACAUUAGCUGUGGAGGCUGGGAGAUGAGUGACGAACCCGGGCGAUAUCACUUCCUGUGGGGUGUGUCCCAACAAGGACAGGUGUGGUUCAGGAGUGGCAUCCUGCCACUGGUCCCUGAGGGCCAGUGUUGGGAGGAGGUGGAGGCCCCCAGGGAGGUGGCCCAGAUCUCUGCCGGACCAGGGGACUUGCUCUGGGCUGUACUCUGGGACGGACAGCUACUGGUCCGCACGGGCAUCUGCCUGGACAGCCCUACAGGUUCCUCCUGGGUGGUGGUGGAUUCUCCCCCAGUAAAGGAGGGCGGAACCAUCCAUGUUGCUGUGGGGGUCAGCGUGGUGUGGGCCGUCACUAAGGACUACAAAGUGUGGUUUCGGCGGGGGGUGAACUCCCAUAACCCCUGUGGCUCAGGAUGGAUCAGCAUUGGAGGGGAGAUGAUGAUGGUGGAUGUGGGACUCAAUGACCAGGUGUGGGGAGUUGGAGAGGACCGUGGGCUGUACUUCAGGAAGGGUGUCACGCCAUCGGAGCCCAGUGGGAGGGGCUGGAUACCUGUUUCUGCCCAAUGGGGUCACAGCAAAAAGAUGGUCCAACCCAGUGCUGGCUGUGGGUUCGGGGGACAGCUGACCAAUGCUUCCCAUGGCUCUGUUCUGACCUGCGAGGACUCAGGGGACACAGAGCUCCUCCUCACCACCACCCCCCCAAGGCCACAGGACAACCCCAAAGCCUUCAUCCCCACCAGUGACAGCUUCAUCUCCAGCCUGGUGGCUGACCGUGAGCCCCUGAGGACCCCCACACCCUCCCCCAAAAAGCCACCCCAGGGGAAGGACAGCGAGGCCACCCCAGCCCCGAUGUGCAAUGUAGACCUGGAGGCAGCCCAGAGCCCCCAGGGAGAGGCAUCUUCUCUAGGCAGGGCAGGGGACGUGGGACCCCCCACCUCAGUGGCCACCUACCCCCUGGGUCUGGAGUCUCUGGGUUUGGGGGAGGAGGACGGGCCUGUAUGGGCCUGGAUCUCUGGCGGAGGCUGUGACGUGGACCAUACAGCUCAGGUGACCUGGCUCAGGCCUGCAGACCCAUGCUCCACUGCCCUGUCCAUCACCCCUGUUGAACCAGAAGCCUCGACGGCUAGGAAGGCCGAGACCACCACCAGUAAGGAGCCAGUGGAGAGAAGUGCGUCUGUGUGGGUGAGGAAGGGCAGCAUGCGCUGGUGGAGGGACUGGAAGCCCUAUCGCUGGGUGGAUGUGGGCGUGGCCCUGGAGCAGUCCACCAACGUCAAUGACAAGAGGGAUGCCAUCUUCUUCAUCUACUUCACCCAGUAUGAUGAGAAGAAGUACCUCCAUGUGUUUAUAAGUGAUGUGACGGUGCUGGUUCCUGUGCUCAAGGAAAACUCCCAUCAUGCCUUUGCGGUGUACACGUCAGAUAGCACAAAACAAAGAUGGCCGCUGAUCCUGGCUGCACAGACUGAGAAGGACAUGGCUGACUGGCUGUCCCUGUUGGCUGGGUGCUGCUGCGAGGCCAGAGGGAUCAGGGGAACCCCCUCCCGACAGGCCCUGUGGUCAGUCACCUCCAAGGGGGACGUGAUGGUCCACGAGCCCUCUCCCUGUCUGGAGGCCCCGGCACACACCUUGCCCUGUGACAUGAUGUUUUGGCUGCAGGUCCCGGGCCACCUGCGCUGUGUAGAGUCUAACAGUCUGGGUGUGGUGUGGGGGAUCGGGUAUGACGGCACCGCCUGGGUCUACUCUGGUUCGGGCAGCGCUGCUGGGGAAGAGCCCCCUCAGGGAGACAGGGGCAUCCUGCCCACACAGACAGAUGGAAGGACUGUGUACAUCUUUGAGAACCAGCGAUGGAACCCCAUGACCGGAUACACAGACAAGCUUCUCCCCACAGACCGGUUCCCGUGGAGUGAUGACAAUGGUUUUACAGAGUGCACCAAGUCCACCACCCACCCACCCUCGCCUCAGUGGAGCUGGGUGACAGAGUGGGCUGUCGACUUCGCUUUCUCAGGAGGGACAGACAAAGAGGGGUGGCAGUAUGCAGCAGACUUCCCUGUGACGUUUCAUGGCAACAAGAGCCUGAAGGACUUUGUCAGACGUCGGCGCUGGGUCAGGAAAUGUAAAAUCACCCUGACUGCCCCAUGGCAGGAAGUCCCACCCAUCCCCCUAAGUGACAUCACAGUGUUGCCGUCCCUGGCUCAGAGCAGUAUGGAGCAGGUCCCAGUCUGGGGCCUCAGUGACAAGGGGGACGUCCUGUGUCGCCUGGGGGUCACCCCCCAAAACCCUGCGGGUUCCUCGUGGCUCCACGUGGGUACUGACCAGCCCUUCAAGUCCAUCUCCAUCGGGGGAGGUCACCAGGUGUGGGCCAUCGCCAGGGACAGAGCUGUGUUCUACAGGGGCUCAGUGUCCGCCAGCAACCCUGCAGGAGAGUGUUGGUACCACAUCCCUUCCCCACCCAAACAGAGCCUCAGACAGCUGUCUGUAGGGAGAACCUCGGUCUACGCCGUGGACGAAAACAGUAACCUGUGGUACAGACAGGGCCUGACUCCCAGCUACCCCCAGGGCUCAGCCUGGGAGCUCAUCUCCAACAACGUGACCAAAGUCUCAGUAGGACCUCUAGAUCAGGUUAGUACAAUGCUUUUUUUUUGUGCUACUUUUAGUGGUAAGUUAACUUAUUUUCUACUUCAAUACCAGGUAUGGGUGAUAGCAGACUGGGUCCCAGGCUGCCCCAGUGAGCUGUCUGUCCCUGGAGCUGUCUGUCACAGGCUGGGGGUGGGACCUAUGCAGCCCAAGGGCCAGUCCUGGGACUACGGCAUCGGGGGAGGAUGGGAGCACAUCAGUGUGAGAGGGAACUCCACAGAGGCUCUACGUGCCAACCCGGCCCUUACUGGAUCCACCCCCCGUAGCCCACUCCCUGCCAGGCCAGUCCUUACUGGAUCCACCCCCCGUAGCCCACUCCCUGCCACCCCGGCCCUUACUGGAUCCACCCCCCGUAGCCCACUCCCUGCCAGGCCAGUCCUUACUGGAUCCACCCCCCGUAGCCCACUCCCUGCCACCCCGGCCCUUACUGGAUCCACCCCCCGUAGCCCACUCCCUGCCAGGCCAGUCCCUUACUGACGCCACCCCCGCGUAGCCCACUCCCUGCCAGGCCAGUCCUUACUGACACCACCCCCCGUAGCCCACUCCCAGCCAGGAUACCUUUGUCACAGGAGAACGGGAACUCUGUGGGUCUGUAGGGUCCCUACUAACCCGCCCCGUUCCUACAUCUCUACCCACAGCCCUGUGUGUGCCUGAUUCCAUUUCCAACCCUGGUUGCACAUUUUUGCUACAACCCAGCACAAACAUGGUAAUGUUGGUCUAAAUGUGAAGACCAUGAAUUGGUUGGAUAUUUAAAUCACUUAGUGUUAGGCUGAAACAUGUUGGCCACCUUUGACCCAGCACUGGAAGUAUUAGUGCUUCUGUCAGUUUAUCCAGUCCACAUUCUGUGAAACUUAGUGGCAGGUGAUAGAAGUAGCUAGGGUGAGAAAUGGAACCAAGCCUGUGUCCCAUACCAAGACACUGACUGCCUACGCCACUCCCUUGGACCUCCGUGUAGUCUUGCUUUGUAUGAUUUUGUUUUGGCUUUCUCAUUUGCCUAGUUGACACACUACCUUCUCAUCAAGGUCUAUGUAUGCGUUAGCAUUUAUUUUUUGGUUUACUGUCAUCUUGGUUUGGCCUGCAUGAUGUUUGCAAUAGCUUUUUCAGAACUAAAAAUA